UCUUGAUUUUAUUUUUAUUUGUUUAUAACAUUGUCAAUUGGUUACUUUGAUUGGAAGUGAUAAGUAAACCGAUAUUUAAAUCAUGUCCUCGACCAAAUACUCCGUUAAGGCUCCACGAGAGAUAGAAGUUACCUUAGGAAAAGGUGUUAAAGGAACUAUAGCCAUACCCCACUCUGCAGAUGCAGAAAAUCCAUAUGAAGAAGGUUUAGCUCCUGCUACUCAUAAGGCUGCAUUGAUCUUACAUGGUCAAGGGGGACAUAGAGACUAUUGCUAUCAAAAGUACUUGGCUCACAAGUUAGCAGCAGAGUUGGGAGUCUAUUCUUUAAGAAUCGAUUUUAGAGGUUGUGGAUCAUCUGCGGAUAAUGAAGAUCCCGUUAAAGGAAGAGUAUUGGAACAAGAUAUCGCAGAUAUUCAAGCUGCUGCUGAGUUUUUAAUCGAUGGUAAUGUUAAUGGAUUAGGAAUCAAUUUAACAUUGUCUUCCAUAGUGGGUCAUUCAAGAGGUGGUGUUGCCAUGUUUCUAUGGGCUUUACUUCAAGAUGAUCAUCUGAAGCGUGGGGACCCAAAAGCUAUUAUUGUACCUAAUUUAGUUAAUUGUUCAUCCAGAUUCAGUCUGCCAACUGUGGCAGAUAGAUAUCCAAUCUUUGAUGAUACGUUUGAAUCCAUUCCUCAAACUUCUCUUAGAUAUGGAAAACUCGCUCAAACUCCUAUAACUAGACAAGAAUUAGUUUCUUUAGCUAAACCAAAUCUUAGAGAGCUUCGUCAUUUGACUUUAGAUUGGUCCGUAUUAAGUGUCUAUGGUUUGAAAGAUACAAUCAUACCUAUUAGUGAUAGUGCUUUGUAUUCAAAUACUUUAAAUCGUGGUCAUCUUUCUCAUAGAUUAGAGUUGAUUCCUUUAGCUGAUCAUAAUUUCUAUGGUACUCGUCCACAAGAAAAAGAUGAAGAUGAUGAGACCUUUAAUAAAUAUCAAUUGCCAGUCAAUAAUAAGGGUUUAGUCAGCUAUAACUACCAAGCUACUGAAAUUAUACUUGAUUACUUGAAACCAGAAAAUGAAUUACAAAGAUUUUUACAAUCAAGUCGUGAUAUUGGAAGAUUAUCAAGAUGGAAAAAUAUCGAAGGUGUAAGUAAUUUCAGAGAUAUUGGAGGUUGGAAGAUCCAUAAUCCAACUUUUGAAUUAACACCCAAAGAUCCAACUGAUGGUGCAUCGUUACAAUACUAUGUUAAGCCUCAUACUGCUUUCCGUUGCGCUAAUAUUGCUGGUAUUACAGUGAAUGGUGCAAAGACCUUGCAAAGUUUAGGAAUUAAAGCUGUAUUUGACCUCCGUUCCGACGGUGAAUGCGAACAAGAUGGUUUACCUAAAUAUUUAGAAGAUUAUGGAAUUAAAAGAAUUCAUGCUCCUGUUUUCUCGAAGGAUGAUCAUUCACCAAUGGCUAUUGCUCUCAGAUAUACCAAUUUGUUGACCAGUUGGGAUACUUAUGUCAAUGUCUAUGAAAACAUGCUUGAAUUCGGGCAAGAUUCUUAUAGAACAGUGUUCCAAUAUAUCCUUGAGGAAAACAAGCCGUUCGUAUUCCAUUGUACCGCUGGUAAGGAUCGUACAGGAGUCUUAGGGAUGUUGAUAUUGUUAUUGUUAGGAGUUGAUAAAAACACCAUUGCGAGAGAGUAUGAAUUAACCACAUUUGGUUUAAUACCUGAUCAUCCUAAUAUUAGAUUGAAAUUUGCUGAUACAAUCAAAAAGUUGAGAGAAAAAAUGGGAGAAGGAAGUGAUAUGGAACAAAUGGUCACCAAGGGUAGAAAGAAUUGGACACUUGAAGAAGAUGGGUUCUAUAAUUUGAUUAGUUCAAGAUAUGAAGCCAUGUUAGCUACCAUCGAAUUAUUCAAUGAUAAAUAUGGUAGCAUAAUAAAUUAUCUCAAAGAAGAAUUGGGUUUUAGCCAAGAAGAUAUUAUUAAGAUAUAUGAAAAUUUAGUUGUUCUUGAUCCUCAAAGUAUUGGAUUUGAAGUUGCUUCAAGUCUUAAUUGGGAUCAUCGUGAUGCAGGAAGAGUGAAGUUAUAGGUAUGCUCUAGCUAGUUUAUAGGGAAAUUUAAUAUAAAUUAUCGUCAAUCAUG